AUGUUUCGUUUGUUCACACAACGCAAUACACACCGAUGGUUGGAGGCACUGCCCGAUUUGCAGGCUGCUUACAAUGCAAGCGUUCACAGAGUAAUCGGUAUGAAACCCAAGGAUGUGAAGAUUGAACACGAAGAGUAUUUAUGGGACAAACUGUACGGAAAGGAAUUUCCGAAAGAAGCCAUUUUUCGUUUCCAAAUCGGGGACGUAGUUCGUAUCGCUCGAAUUCCCACCAGCCUGUUUGAGAAAGGAUCGACUGCCAAAUGGACAGAAGAGUAUUUUGUAGUCGCACAUCGCAGAGCGACAGAGCCACCCACCUAUAAGCUGCAUGACUUACAGCAAGAACUGAUCAAAGGCUCGUUUUAUGAACAUCAGAUGCAGAAAAUUGAGAUGCCAACGGAUGAGCAAACCUAUCACGUCGAUAUUUUAAAACGCCGGAAACGCAAGGGAAAGCUCCAAUUCUUCGUACACUACAGAGGCUGGCCGUCGAGUUUUGACGAAUGGGUGGACAAAGGACAAGUGACUCCCCUUACAUAA